AUGGCGGACACUAGUGGAGUGUUUUUGAACACUGUUCGUGGUGCGCUUGUAGUUGCAGAGGCUGAACUUUCGGGCAAAGAUGGUCAAAGUAAUAAUAUAAGCGAAGCCCUAGAUGAUAUAAGAGGGUUGCUGGCACCAGUUUUGCUUCGACACUUUAAUAACCGAACCGGAUUUAAGCACAUCUUGGGAGAUUAUUUUCCAAUGUUUCAAAGGCAAGCCAUAGAUUGGCUUAAGACAUUUCAGCGACGAAUGUCUCCACGAUGUUCCGUCAAACACGCCUGGCAGGUGGUCGUGGAGGAGAAGCUGCACAGAGAGCUUUUUCAAAUUUUGGAAAAUAUUGUUUCGAGGACAAAUUUCGGAGUUAUAGCUGACCGAACACGAAAGAACUGUGUGUUUGCUUUCACCUCUCGUGACAGAGUGAGAAAAGUAUUUUCUGAUUGUACCGAUCAAAACCUGAGUAAAAAUACCUUUUUGAAAAGAAAAAUCAAAGGCAACAAGCGCGUAGAGGCAAUCAUUAGUUAUGAAAAACAGUUUGGAAUAAAAUAUUCUUACAGAAAAGAAUUAAUCACCAUUGAUUUUCAUUAUGGCUACUGGAAUGAGCAUGACUGGCCGCAGCAUGUGUGA